CGCCAAACAAUUAAAAAAUUGCACCAUCAAGCGCAACAGCGUCCAUCUUUGAUUUUUUGUAAAAAACUUAUUUUUAAAAUUUUGAGUCAUCUUUUUUGUCCAUUUGUGAACGUUUUGUCCCUCUGCAAAUCAUUUGUACGUGUGUAAGUGUACUAGAAGCAUCUUACUGACCAAAUUAUUUUGUAAAUACAUUUAUUUUUGAGCGCUAAAGCCGUGUGUAUAUAGAUUGACUAUAUUUAAAGUUGUAUAUAUCAAAGAAAAUUUAUUUAAGUUAUUAUAAAAUUAUGGAGAGUCCUGUAUUAACUUCUGUGAGUCCCGUGGAAGCAGCGAAGACGAGAAAUCCUUGGGGUUGUUCAACAGUGAACGUACCUUCGCUUCUCUCAGUGAUGGACGAGGAACUGGCGAGAGAAAUGGAUCAAAAUGAAAGAUUUUCAAGUUGGGAUAAUGAAAAUGUUGAACCACAAGUUGAAGGUAUGGAGUAGGUUAACUGUUCGUGCUACAGUAGCUGUGGUAGUGUAUUAAGGGACUAGAUUUACCCUGACUAUUAAACUGGGUUAAGAAAUACAAAACAAUGGACACUCCGAAAACGGUUAACAUUUUGAUUCGACGUUUCGACUAGCUUGCAGUCAUCAUCAUUCUGAUGAUGACUGCAAGCUAGUCGAAAUGUCGAAUCAAAAUGUUAACCGUUUUCGGAGUGUUCAUCUGAUGAUGACUGCAAGCUAGUCGAAACGUCGAAUCAAAAUGUUAACCGUUUUCGGAGUGUCCAUUGUUUUUUUGGUUUUUUUUUAAAUUACUCUUAAAAAAAUAGACUUUGGUGUGGGCUUCAGCGUGAGAGUCAAGAGGGGAGGGGGGCGGGUUCACCAAUUUGUCCUGGGGCCCGUGUUUGGUUCUCGCUGGCCUUGGACUAUGAUUCACAUUAACCCAGAUUUAACCAAGAUUGGAGACAUUUACACAUCAAGAAAGACAUGAACCUGAGUUGGUUUGUGGUCUAAUGAAAACUUGUGUGUUGUUUAGUAUCAGUUGAAGAUGUGAAUGACUCGGAUACAGCGAAUGACUUGAUGCUCGCUCAGACGUUGCAACUUCAGUUUGAUGCAGAGUACGAGAAGGAUUUAAAAGCAAAAGAAAAGAAAAUGAAUGGUACCAGCAAAGGUAUUAAUAAAAUACAUUGAGUGAUAGCAUUCUCUCCACCAAUAUAUCUGGUGUGUAAUUUUGAUACUUUCUAUAUUUUUAUACUGUUAAAUUUUUGUAACAUUUCCUAAUAACCCACUAAUAUUUUUUUCCAUCAAUUUAGUCUCAAUCAGUUUUAACAACUAUCGUACAAUCCAUCAUGGGAUCUUGGCAAGCGACUCAACAUCAUCUGACGAUGACAAUGAUUAUGAUGACGAUCAAGAUGACAAGACAAAGCAAUCAGGUAAGAAUGACAAUCCUCAUUUUUUUGAAAUUUAAAAUUUCUGCUUUCAGAAUCAGUGUGACCAGGUUUUUUCAGGGCAAAUUACCACAUCCGGUUUCAAAAAUUAAUAUUUUUUAUCUGAAAUUACCACGGUGCUAUAUUUUCCCAAUUUUGCCAUAUUUUUUCGAAAAAUUCCCCAAAAAUGUUGGGGGGGGGGGUGUGGCAAAAAACAUUUUCCGGCCAAAAAAUGUUCCGGACAACUUCCUCGUAAAUUAGGGUCAAAAAAAUUUUUCCAGAAAAAUAAUAAGUAAAACAACGCCGAAACCGGGGUUUUCCGCCCAAAACAAGGCCAAAAUCUGUAAAAUUUAGGGGUUUUUCACCAAAAUCUGUACAUUUAAGGUCAGGAAAUUUCAAAUUACCACAAUCGGCCGAAAUUGACGAAAAAUUACCACGGUUGUUCUGAAAUUACCGUAGUAAUUACCACAAAUUUCCAAUUACCACAAUUGUCCAAAAAUGACAAAAAAUUACCACGGUAGUAAUGAAAUUACCACGUCUGGUCACACUGGAAUCAAAAUCUCCACUGAACAGAAUUUAAAUUUCCUUGAAAUUGCAUUGGUAGUGCUUCCACUUGUCAAAAUUGAAAUUUCCUUGAAUUAGUGUGUUUCCAUAUGUAAGAAUUAAAAUUUCCUUCAAAUUGGCAUUGAUGGUGUUUCCGUGUAUUAAAAUUUAAUUUUCUUUAAAAUUCCCAUGAAGGAAAUUUGUAAAAAUAUUUUCUCUCAAAUAAUUCCUAUACUUGAAUAGUUUACUCACUUUCAAUUUCAGGCAGUAAAUCGAGUGGGGGAGGUCGUCGAAAACGUUACCAGGGUAGCGGGUCUGGCAAAAAUAUCACAACGAAACAUGACGCUGACGUCUGUGGCCGAAAGAAUGCAAAGAAUAUUGAAAAAGUGAGUAUUCAUUGUAUUGUUGCAAUGUCAUUUUUCUAGGAAAUUUUGCCAGAGUUUCUCAUUGUGUACACUAACUAAUUUAUUUUCAUGUUUAGUUCCCUCCCGGUUUUGCUGCGGGAGAUGUCGGGAGCAAACAACUGGAUCUGAAGAUUUCCAACAGUGUGUACAACAGUUUGAAACAACAUUCAAUCAAAGAAGAAAAGCAAAGUUAUCGUCUGCAUGAGAAGAAAGAACAUUCAACCCAUGUGAGUGACACAUCCUCUAGUUUUGUAAAUGUUAAGAAAGCUUCGUAUUGAUAGGGAUACAACUACCUUGAAAAACAAGGAGAGCUUUGACGUUUUGAGCAAAGACUUUUUGACAGGAAGUUAGCUGUUAAUUAAACACUGAUUCAGUUCCCUCGAACAUUUCUUACAAAUCCUUCAAAACGUAGAAUUUACCCAUGCAAAAUUCCUACUGUGAUCACAGAAACUUUGCUAGUGCAAACCAUUCAACACCAACACAGAAAAAAUCAUAUUACUAGAUUACAUUGGUAUCGAAGGAACUAGAUUCUGUUCCGAAAUAUCACUUACUCGAAUCGACCUGACCGCGUAGUUCAGUUGGCAGAGCAUUGGGCUAGUGUUGGUCAUAGGUUCGAUUCCCACCCUUGCCGGGCAUAUUUUUCAAGCUCGCCCGGUUUGGAUUUACACUCAGAGUAACAUCACAAACAUCAUAUUCACCUGAGUACACAACACCACACUCUUUACUCUGUUUAACACCAGAUGAUUUUACUCGUCAACACAGAGCACUGGCUCUCAAUUGGUUAAACUAUAAUAAUUUUUGUGUGAACUUGACAGGAGCAAGCGUUGGAUCCUAAAACAAGGCUGCUGUUGUACAAGUUGGUCAACUCGGAGAUUUUGGAAGAAGUGAAUGGUUGUAUUAGUACUGGAAAAGAAGCUUGUGUUUUCCACGCUUUUGGAGGAAAGUAAGUUCAUAACUCUCUUACUGGAUUUCACAAAGCACUAUCGUGCAGCAGAUGGUGGGUCAAUCUGCAGUUAUCAGAGUGAGAUAAAACUGUUAAUUCUUUUAUUAUGUAGUAGUGGUUUUGUAUACAGUAGUAAAUAAAUUGAAACAAACAAUGUAGUUGACCAACAUUGACAUCUACUCUGAAUCGAGUGGACAAUUAAUUGUAUUGACCCUGCCAGUGUAUAGACUGUUUCCUUGAUAAUAUCAUAAUAAAUUUCGUGCAGGAUGGAAGAUAAAGAAGUCCCUCAUGAGUGUGCUGUGAAAGUCUUCAAGACAACUUUGAAUGAAUUCAAGACAAGAGAUCGUUACAUCAAAGAUGAUCAUCGAUUUAAAGAUCGCUUGGGAAAACAAAAUCCCAGGAAAACGAUCAAACUAUGGGCCGAGAAAGAAAUGUGUAAUCUUUCAAGGUUGGGAUUUUGGAAAAUAACUUUAUUUAUGCUGGAUAGCUCUAUCAGUUCUAGUAAGGUCCAGUAAGGAUCAUCUCUUAUUGAUUCAGGGUUACUACAGGAGGAAACCUAAACUAAACUGUUCUCUCUAUUUAUUUAGAAUGACCCAUGCUGGCAUCCGAUGUCCUGAAGUUGUGUUACUGAAGAAACAGGUUUUGGUCAUGAGUUUUAUCGGCUUUGAACGACGGCCUGCACCAAAACUGAAAGAUGUUGUGCUAACAUCUUCCCAAGGUAGCCAUGCUUAUAAACAGUGUGUAGAGGUAUGUGGUCUCCAUCUAAUCUAUUUGAUUUCCACUGUGGCCAAGCUAACUUUUCAGCCUGCCCAGUGUGGAUGCACACUCAGAGUAACAUCACAAACAUCAUAUUCACCUGAGUACAUAACACCAACACACACAAAAUAAUCAUAUUAUAGAAUACACUGAUAUCGAAGGAACUGGACUCAGUUCUGAAAUAUCAUCAACUCGAUUGCAGGAAUUGAACCUCAGUCACAGAGCCCAAACUUUCUAUUUCAGAUGAUGUGUACAAUGUACCAGAAAUGCAACCUUAUCCAUGCGGAUCUAAGUGAAUACAACAUGUUAUGGCAUGAGAACAACGUGUAUUUUAUUGAUGUCAGCCAGUCCGUGGAACCCAUGCAUCCUCACGCUCUCGAGUUUCUCUACAGAGAUUGUAAAAAUGUGACGUCAUUUUUUGAGAAGUUUGGAGUCGAAGUGAUGUCAGCUGAGAACCUGUUUAAUCAGGUUUCCGAACUGGAUAUACCGGUCGAUCAUGACGGAGAUUUUAACUCAGAGGUAAAGGCGUACACACGUAAGAACUCACAAGUUGUUAUAGAUCUGCAAACAAGUUGUAAGGGACUGGUCAUAAAGUAACUGCUAGGGUGGGCUGGAGGUAAAUCACAAAUUUUGCCAAUAAGUUUGCCAAGUUUGGUGACCCAUCUUAGGAUGUAGAUAAAGAUUUCAAAGCCCAUCUAAUCUUACCAAAUUUAUUUCAUGACCCACCCACCCAAUCUAAAUUGGGGAAAUACACUUUUAUAAUAAAAAACUUGCAGGUAUGAACAUUCUAAAUAUACACCAGCACUGUAUUGACAUACAUAAUUCCACCAAGCUUGACCAACACAUUCAUCACCAAUUACGAUACUGAGCUACUCUCCAGUUGGUUGUGUUUGCUGUGAUUCGACCACUUCUUGUUGUUGUAUAAAACAAAGUACUGGCCUCAAUAGCAUCAUUUGCAUUUGAUAAUUUGGAUAGUUUUGUUUAUUUUUAUUAUUAAUAUCUUUAUGUAAUAUAUAAUUAACAUGGGUCUUUGUUUGGUGGCCCAACCGUGGACAUACAAAAAAAUUGGCGGCCCUUCGAAACUGCCAAAAGAUUUUUCAUGGCCCAUCUCAAAUCACUCCAGCCCACCCUAGCAGUUACUUUAUGACUGGUCCCUAACAAGGUUGUUGUCAAGCCAAUAUCACAACUGGAAACAAGCAGUGCGAACACAUCCUGGUAAAUCUGGAACAAGUUGUUCACAGUAACAAACUUGCUACAAAUUGUUCCAACAAGACUAUCAUCUUGGUCACAAGAUGAUGUUCCAGACUUGUCAACAACUGGGAACAAGCAGUGCGAACACAUCUUGUUGAUGAUCAAGCCAUUGAUUGUAUUUGUAAAAUGUGAUUAAGUUGAUUGUAUCUGUUCUCGUUAACAUUGUUGAAAUGAUUAUAUUGAUUGUAUUGAUUGUAUCUGUUCUUGUUAACAUUGUUGAAAUGAUUAUAUCGAUUGUAUUGAUUGUAUCUGUUCUCGUUAACAUUGUUGAAAUGAUUAUAUUGUUAACCUUUAAUUAAGGUGGUGAAAUGUGAAAGAUUUUUAUCGGAGACGAAGAGCAACAAGAAACAACCAGAAAAGGAAUAUGCAUUUGAUUAUCUGUUCGACGGAAACGAAGAAUCUUAAAUAAACGCUUGCGUAAAAGUAUAAAGAAAUUAAUUUGGAAUGACACACGGAUAUUUAUAUUGAAAAGGAAAUGAAUAAACGAACAUUCACUUUA